AUGGCAUAUGAGAGAAACAGAUUGCAGUUAUAUCAACAAUUUCUACAAUUGCUCCUUCAACUAGCCCAGAGGGAAGAGGACGAGGCUCAGCAGCUACCAGAUAUUCCUCACCCGAGGCGGAGGAGGCGUCCAGCUCGCAGAAGAGUUUGGUGCAGGACCUGGCUGGCCUGCAGGACCUUCUUUGGACAGUAUGAUCAUCUCCUGCAUGAGUUGAACCGAGAAGACCCUGCUAGCUACAAGAACUUUCUCCGAGUUGAUGCUGACCUGUUUGGAGAGAUUCUUGACAGGGUUACUCCUGCUAUCAAGAAAGAGUCCACCUCAUUCAGGGAGCCACUUGAGCCUGGACAGAAGUUAGCUGUAACACUGAGGCAUCUAGCUACUGGUGUGAAUUAUGCAGAUCUGAUGUAUUCCUUCCGUGUGGCCCGAAACUCCAUAUCACUCUUCGUACCUGAAGUCUGCGAAGCAAUCAUCUCAGCAUACAAAGAAGAAGUCAUGCCAGACAACAUCCCCGAAGAAGAUUGGUUGCGCAUAUCAGCAGAGUUUGAAAGAGUCUGGAACCUUCCACAUGCUUGCGGUGCGUUGGAUGGCAAACACAUCAGAAUCAAGAAGCCUGCUGACUUUGGUUCGUUGUUUUACAACUACAAGAACUUCUUCUCUAUGGUGAUGAUGGCUGUAGUGGAUGCUGACUACAAGUUUAUAUGGUUGAGUGUUGGUUCAUAUGGAAGUUCCUCUAAUGGCCAUAUAUUCAACAACUCAGAACUGCGACCAAUGCUGGAAGAAGGAACCCUGGGCCUUCCAGCACCAUCUCCCCUUCCACAUGAUGACAGAGACACUUCCUACUUUCUGAUUGGUGAUGAUGCCUUUCCACUCAGACCAUGGAUGAUGAGACCAUACUCAAGAAGACAUCUGGACCAUGACGAGCGCAUCUUCAACUACAGACUGUCUCGUGCACGUAGAGUUGUGGAGAAUGCUUUUGGCAUUCUUGCCAUGAGAUUCCAGAUUCUGCUUGGAACUAUGCAACAAGUACCAGAAACAGUAGAUUCCAUCGUCUUGGCCUGUACUACUCUCCACAACUUACUAAGGAUCAGACAGCCUGUUGCACUACGCCAGUAUGUUGAUGAAGAAGACAACAGUCACAACUUAGUUCCAGGACAAUGGAGACAGGGUACGGAACAUGCCGACGGAGAGGCAGGUUAUCAGAGAAAUGUUGCCAACGCUGCUGGUACCGCACAAAGGAACUAUCUUAAAGAGUACUUAAACUCCGAGGCAGGGGCUGUGGAAUGGCAGGAGAACAUGAUUUGA